AAUUCACCCACCUGCUACUCGGUCAAUAAAAAGCCUGAGAAUCACAUCUACAUACAAAUGGCACACAUGAUGUUUCAAGACAGUGGGCAAGAAGGCCGAUCAGUUCUGGGAAUGUUAGAAGUGCAGGUGGACAGAGACCCAAAGACAGGCGCAACCAUUGUCAGGUCAGUGGCCCCUGUGUCCACACCUGCUGAUGCUCCAAAGGCCACCACAGUCUUCGAUGAUGGCAGGAAGAGCAUCCACACCGUCGGCGGGUUAGAGGGUCAGCCCUCGAGUGACGAGCUCAGUCAGAUCUUGAGCGCCAUCGAUGGGGUUGGGAUGAAAGUGCUGCUGGAUGAAGUUACAGUCACUCCAAACAAUGCAGGAAUGAAGACAGAGGAAACCAGUAGCUAUCCAGAGGAAAAAUUUCUUCCUCUGACUGCCUAUAAUGUGACGUCAGUGAACAACAUACAGUCAAACAGCUCUGGAAGCAGCUACAUGAAAGCUGAGGUGAAGACAGAGACAUGUGCUGUACGUGUUGGAAAUACAGAUGACAAAACCAUGAUGGUGGUCAGAGACGCUGCAGAAAAAGGGGAUAACAUGGAGGAAAAUCCUGUCACACUUCUGUUCCUGGGUUACACUGAUGAUGCAAGUUCCAGUCAGGAAGAAAACGAAGGCAUGCUCACUGUGGAGCGAGUUCUUAUUACUGAGGAUGGAGAAGAGCAUGUCUUAGGAGCUGAAAUGUCUGCUUCACCACAGUCACCAUUAACUCAGGGAGCAGAGCCAGAGAAUGGGGAAGAGUCCAAAGACAAAACCUUGAUUCCGGUAGAUGGAAAUGAAGCACGGGUUAAAGAUGAGAUAGAGAAGGGGGAUAAAGGAAAGUGCAAGGCUUGUCACUGUUGCUCUGUCAUGUAAGAAACAAGGGGAGAAAGAUGCUCCCUUGCAGCCUUAAACACAUCAUUUGCCAAGUUUUAGACACUGUUAGCUGCAUUGUUUCCUUAGUGUCUUGUUUUAAAACCCACACCUCUGAACUACUGAGAAUAAGACAGACUCCUCCUCCUGGUGGACAAAGCAGAGAACUACACCUUGCUCAAUUGCAGCAACUAAUCUUUGCAAUUUCUUUAGCUUUUCCCCCUGAUUAGCAUUGCUAUAUGUAGGAUCAGAAAAAGCCUAAUAACAAAGAAAAAGCCAUAUUUCAUAUCUGAGCAUGCUUGUUUUGACUGUCAUGGUGUGAUUCACUUUGUCCACUUUGAUCUUCAUGUAAGAUGUGUAAAACAUAUGUUUUUGUGUUAUCAAGGGCUGCAGUUAUUACUGAGAACACUAGCUUUUACAUGAAUAUGGGGGACUUAUCCUAAAAUGUUCAUGUUUCAUGCUUUUAUGUUGAAAUUCUAAAGCUUGCUGCAGAUGUAUCUCAGUGUUCAAGUUCCUAAGGUAGUAUCCAUUUAGUAAAAUCCAUUUAGGCCCUACUGGCCCUUGCUGACAAAAUUAGACAUAAGAAUAAAUAUCAUUAUAUAAAAGGAAUGAUAAUAAAACAGGAUAAUGGUGUUUAUUUUCAAUUGCUGCGUAAAGUUUAGAUCCUAAUGCUUAUGAAACAAAAGUAAAAGUGUAUUUCAGUGCAAAUAAAAAAAGCACCGCUACUGAACUUCAGAUGCAGAUUUUUGCACUUUGCACCCCAAUGACGGAAAUUCUUCAUCCAUCUUCAUCCUGUCUCUUCUCAGAGCUCUCUCUAGCCAGUAAAGGUCAUUCUGAUGUUGACUCUUGUCUUCUCUCUUGUCACUUUCUUUCUUUUCCUUGCUUCCUCCAAAAAUGUCCUGCAUUCUUUAGGUGUAUCAGCCAUGGUGUGCAUUCAAAAUGGCCCCAGGUGAUCCCCCAAGCUGGAAAAAGUCAUGCAAUAAAGUUGCUCAGCUUCAGGAUGCUGCAGUGUGCAACUGAAACAAGUCAAAAGCAGAGUUUUGAGGUCAGAAACUGUGGGAUUGCUCUAAUCUUUAGAAAUGAGUUUGUUGCUGAAUGUGAUCACUGUACCAUUGUUAGCAUGAUGUAAUCCUCUAUCAAAAAGAGAAAAGGAACAGUCAAGAAAUUAAAUUUUACCUUUCUUCUCUAUUUUAUCGCAACUCAUUCAGGUGUAGUAACCGACAAUAAUUUAUUGACCCUAGAAAUACAUUUUCUGAGGUUUCUGAAUAUCCAUAGACACCAAGAACAUGAAUAUUAACCUUAUUAUUAUUGAGCAGCUCUUCAUCUACUUUGGGUAUUUCUUUUGUUGCCGAUAAGAUGCUUCUGGGCAUUACAAAGAGGAUUGUUGAAUACAUAAAU